AGAGUGACGCCACAGCCCAGAGUGAAGACGACAUUUUAUCUGAUUCGCGCGUCCACGGCAUGCCUGGGCAACUGUGUGCCAAAUACUUAGAUUUGAUCGUAAAUAUUUUGCUUGUUAACAUCUUGUAAAGAAACGUUCACGUGUUUCAACAAGACCUUUGACACCAAAUCUGACAUCUAUAACCCAUUUAUAAGUCAUAAUUAUGAGUUACAGCUACAAUAAAUGCAGCUUUCGAUUUAGUUCCAAUAUGAGUUCACGUGGCCGUGGAUUUAGUUCUCGUGGAGGCAGUUCCUACAGAGGAAGAGGUGGUAGUAGUGGAAAUGAAUGGAACAGUUCUGCAGGAGGGAACAUGUCUAGUAGAGGAGGUUAUUCAUCAUCUAGAGGAAGCAGAUUUAAAUAUCCAACUACCAGCUAUGACUCUCGUUCAAAAUAUGAUACUGGAGGAUCUGAAAGAUAUCCUAGUAGAGGAGGAAGAGGCGAACAUAAUAAUAGUUACAAAAGACCAAGAGAUUCUUAUCCACCGAGAGAUGAUCAUCGAUCAUCAAGUGAUUCUGCUCGAAAAAGAAUGAGGAGUGAUUCCUAUCAGGGCGGAGGUAGCGGUAGCGGCUCUCAGAGGUAUUCUUCGUCGUAUGGUGGUUCGUCUGCAUCAGCUCCUUAUGACGAUAAUAAGGGAUCGUCAUCCUCGGCCGUGUACGAUGACAAGAGACAGAGCGAACGUGCUUCUUCGUAUCAUCGCUCAGAGGAUCGUCACUCGGCAUCACGGAGCUAUGCACCUCCACCACCCCCUCGAAUUAGUGAAAUGGCACCUCCUGCUCAAAGAUAUACCUCGAGCCGAGGGCGGAUAUCGCAUCAAAGCUCAAAUUACAGAGGUCGCAUUUCUACUCGCGGCAGCAGCAGAGGGGGUGGAUUCCAUCGCAUAAGCUCUCGAUCGGACGUCAUCAUGGCUCGCAAACGUACUCUACACUCGCUCGACUAUCGACGCAAGCUGCUAGGAUCGCGAUCGCGAGACUACAUCCAGCGUGUGCGCAUGACAACCAAAUUGCGCAGGAGUAGCGGUACUACUAGGCUAUCCGGAAGUAAAAAGGAGACAGGAUCAGGAACCAGCAUGAAGGACAAGGAUAGAGAGAUGACCAAAGCUAUUAACGCUGAAUUUUCCGAUGAUGAAGAAGAUGAUGAUAACAAAAGUAAUUGGGAUGAUGAUGAAAAGCCGCAUGAACGCGAUGAUGAAGAGGAAGAAGACGAAAAAGAAGAAGAAGAGAAAAAGAAAAAAGAUGAAAAACGAAAGAAGGACAAACAAGAUCGAGAAAGACAAAAUACUGAAGACGAAGAAGAAAAGGAAGAUGAAGUGAAAGAGGAUGAUGAUGAUCAUAAACAUGAGGAUGACGAGGAUGAUGGAGAUGACGAUGAAGAUAGAGAUGAGAACGAUAAAACAGACCACGGUAGAACUACUGGUUCGGAAGAGCUACCCAGUAGAAGAGACGGCAGAAAAUUUAUUAAACUGACUUGCCCACAUUGUGCACAUCGUAGUGUAACGUUCAAAGAGUACUCGUUACAUCUAUAUUCAGGUCGUCACAGUGCAGCGAUGAGACGAAUCGCCUCACGGCACAAGGCAACUUUGACUCGUAUGCGCGUAUUACAACGACAAGAACAAAGACGUGUCGAAGCUCGUGAUGCUGCCCGUGGUACUUUACCCUCGCGUACCAUGUUCUGUCCAAUUUGUAAACUCAAUUACCGUUCUCUUAAAGCAGUACAUCAGCUAUCAGAUUCCCAUCGUCAAAUGAAACGAUUCCUCACACCAUUUUGUCGUACUUGUCGUAUUCAAUUCCGUUCGCCGAUGCUCUUUGAAACUCACAUGUGCUCUUUGGAUCACAUUAAGAGGAAAAGUGCAUUAAAAGAGAGAUUGAACGCUGGUAAUGGUGAAGCAGAGGCAGAUUCGAGUGGUCCCGAAGAGGACGACAAGGAAGUUAAUCUCGAUAAUUUCAUGACUUUAGACUCUGUAGGUGAUGUUGAUGAAGAUGAAGAGUCUCCUGAGAAAAAGAAGGAAAAACCGGAGAGUGAAGGUACAAACGAAGCAGAGAAGAAGCCUAAAAGCAAACAAAUGAUUAAAGUUGGAGCAGAAUACAUAAAACGCGUCGAAGUCCAGUUCUGUGAAUUAUGUAAGGUAUACCUACCACGUAGUGAAAAUAGUGAAAGGGCAAUAGCUCUUCAUUGCUCAACAAGAAGUCAUCUUAAACGAUAUGUACGUGAUAACGAUGACAAAGCAUUGCGAAGGCAAGCAGAACGAAUACAUCUCCAAUCGUCAUCGACAAAUAAUACUACUACGCUAAACGUUAUGAAUAAUACGGAAAGUACUAAAUCUCCGACUAACUUAGAACCACCUUCUGCGAGUAAUACGUUACCAGCAGCUACAACUGAUGGCAUUAAUACUAAUGAAUCUGGUAAAGUGAACGAGCAAAAAGGGGCGGUUGAGCCUGAGAAAAUUAUAAAGGAUAGUAAAAAUGCACAACCAGAAGAAGAUGAUGAUGACGAUUUCGUGGGCGAUGGUGGUGAUAAGUUGUGGGACGAUGUUGAUAAAGACCUGGGCGAAAUUUUAAGGGAAGCAGAAGCAGCAGCUAAAUCUAGCGAUGAUGAAGAUUCUCGUUAUGAUCGUUUCCGUAAUUCUGAUAAGAAACAACAACACUCUGGCAAGGAUAAAGAAAGUGAAACGAAUGAGACAGACGAGAAAGAAAACACGAUAAAGCCAGAAACAAAAAUAAAAACCGAAAAGAUAGAUAUGUAAAGUCCAAGAAUUAUUAGUAUGUUUCAAUCAUAUCCCAACGCGAUUUUACUAUCUCUUUAUAAAAACAUUUGUAACACAAAUAAUAGAGCGUGUAAUACUGGAUUUCAUAUAUACGAAGACAUUGUAAUAUUUUGCAACAUAUAAUUACUUUGAAUCGAGUUACAAACAGUUAAUGUAUAAUAUAUUUUGUUCUCGGUGACUUUGUUGUAAAAAUAUUUGUAAAGAUGUGUAAAUCUAAACAAUGCUAAUUUGGAAGUUAUAACUAUACACUUACAUAAAUAAAUUAAGUAAUUCCUUUGCUUAAUUUUGUAAUUGCUAAAAAUGUACACUUGGUAUCAGCUAUGCAGCGUUCAAUUCCUUUGUAAUUCAAGUGUGUACUGUGUACGUACAUUUAAGUAACAAUUAUUAAUGAAAAUUGUAAAAGAAUUUAAUGCAUGAAUAAUAUGCAUAUUAAGUAUAGUUGUGUAAAAGUAGCGGUUAUUUGUGCGUCACAAAUUUGUUGAGAAACAACAAAAAAAUAUCUAUUUCUAAUCAUUAAUGUAAAUGAGCGCAUAAUAAGUCGAUUGAACUUGUCAUUUAUAGGUAAUAAUAAAUAUUAUUAUAUACA